AUGCUAACUGAAUUUUUUCGGAUGAAUGAAGUAAAUGAAUUUGCUCGAAUGCUAUUGUAUCGAGAUUUUCCAACACAUUUUGUGUGGAAUGCAACUGGAAAAACUUGGACUCCCAGAAAACAACACAUUGUUAUAGGGCGAAUCGUGACAGUUAAUCCAUCCGAAGGAGAACGAUAUUUCCUUCGUGUUCUUCUGAAUCAUAUUAAAGGUCCAACAUCAUAUGACAGUUUUAAAACUUUAAAUGGAGUAAUAGUCAAUACAUAUCAAGAAGCAGCACUUUUACAUGGUUUGUUAAAAGGAGACAACCAUUGUGAAGAAUGUCUAUCUGAAGCCAUUAUUUACAAAAUGCCCAGUUCUUUAAGACGUCUUUUUACUACACUUCUUAUACUUUGCAACCCUAAUCAUCCAAAGUUAUUGUGGGAUAGAUAUAAAGUCUAUAUGAUUGAUGAUUAUGUACAUCGAAACAUAUGUGUUAAAGAUGCUGAAAUACAAGCUUUGGAAGACAUCAAUUCUAUAUUAGAGUUGUCAGGAAAAAAUGUAAAUUAUUAUGGAAUAGUUUCAUUCUUUGUAAAUAUAGAUGAGACUCAAAGAUUGGCAAGAAUGAUUGCAGAGGAAACAAUGAAUUUUAAUAUUCAACGAGACUUUAAUUGUGUAGAGAAAUUCAAUAAAGAACAACGAUUUGCAUAUGAUAAAGUUAUGGAAAAAGUAAAAAAUGACUCAAGUGGUACUUUCUUCAUUGAUGGUCCAGGGGGAAUGGGGAAGACUUUUUUAUACAAAGCACUUCUAACUGCUGUAAGAGGUCAACAUUUCAUUGCUUUGGCAACAACGUCCUUUGGAGUCGUUGCGUCUCUAUUACCUGGAGGUCGCACAGCUCAUUCAAGAUUUAAAAUUCCUUUAGAAACAAUUGGUGAAGUGAAUUGCUCUGUUAGCAAGCAAUCAGCUUUAGGAAUAAUGUUGAAAAUGUCUAGGUUAAUAAUUUGGGAUGAAACGCCUAUGGUAAAUCGUUGCGCUAUUGAAGCUGUAGACAGAAUGCUUAGAGAUAUUACUGAUUGUAACUUGCCUUUCGGUGGGAAAGUGAUAGUUUUUGGAAGAGAUUUUCGACAAAUUCUUCCAGUGGUACCGAGAGGGAAAAAAGAUGAUGUAAUGAAAGCUAACUUGGUCUUUUCAGACCUAUGGCCUUCCUAUUUAUGUUUACCAUUGGUUGAGAAUAUGAGGGCAAAAUCAGAUCCUAUGUUCUACACUUACUUACUUAGAAUUGGAAAUGGAACAGAAGAAGAACAUACUUGUAAGUGUAUUAUGCUUCCGAAUAGUAUAAUUCUACCAUUUGAAGAUGAAAUCACAUCUUUAAAAAUUUUGAUACAUCAUGUUUUUCCAAAUAAACAGGCAUAUGUUGACAAUUUACAUAAUAUGAUAAAUAGAGUUAUUCUUACACCUACGAAUGAAUGUGUUGAUUAUAUUAACAAGAUUUUACUCGAACAAAUUCUCGGUGAUUUUUCCACAUACUAUAGUUUUGAUGAAGCAAUUGACAAAUCGGAACAAAGCUUGCACGAAGAUUUCUUGAAUACUUUGACACCAAAUGGUAUUCCACCGCAUGAAUUGAAACUUAAGGUAAAUUGUCCUGUAAUGUUAUUACGGAAUAUUAAUCCUUCCGAAGGAUUAUACAAUGGAACACGCCUUACUUGUCGAAAAUUUGAGAAAAACGUAAUUCUUGCUGAAAUUACAACUAGUGAGUAUUGUGGAAAAUAUGUUUUCUUACCAAGGAUCCCUUUUAUACCUCUUCAAAGUGAUCGAAACUCAAUUCAAUUUAAGAGAACUCAAUUUCCAAUUAGACCGUGUUUUGCAAUAACAAUAAAUAAAGCACAAGGUCAAACACUUGAUUUUGUCGGUCUAUAUCUUCCAGAACCAGUUUUCUGCCAUGGUCAGCUAUAUGUAGCAUUAUCAAGAGCAACAACGAGCACAUCUCUAAAAGUUUUAUUGAAACCAUCAAGCAUGGACAACUCACAUAAUACAUGUACUAAAAAUGUUGUGUACAAGGAAAUUCUUUCAUUUAUACAUUCAUAUACCUAA